GCAAAUUUCACUAAAAUAGAGACGGCAAAGAAGAAAAAAUGUCACUGAAGAUACCCCGGGUUAACUGCUCCGAUAAAUAUUUAUCGUGCCCCAUCAAUGUGAAUGCUUUUCCAGGAAAGCUUUGGAAGUUGGUGAAUGACUCUAACUACCAGUCCAUCCAAUGGAGCAGUUGUGGCACCAUCAUUGUUGUCGAUGCGCACCAUUUUAAAGAAGAAGUGCUCCGGAUAGGCGAAUACAGCGUCUUCAAGACCCAAAAUUUCUCCAGUUUUGUACGUCAGCUCAAUCUCUACGGAUUUCGGAAAAUUGCCACCACCUCAAGUUCCAAAUUCACUGAAUACAAGACGAGCAUGAAACGCGGUUCUUAUUCCAAUCCACUUCACUGUUUUGCUCACAACUUUUUUCUCCAGCACCGCCCCGAUCUCCUUCCUAGAGUUAGGCGCACCAGUUCUGCCAACAAGCGACGUCCCGGUUUCGGCCAAGUCGAGACCGCUUUCUACGGGCAGAACGGAAACACCUUCCGGAUCUUAGGUAGAUGUGGACAGAAUGCGGCACCAGCGUCGUUCAUCACCACUGGACCUGCACAGACAACAGUUCCAUCCACGUCGUAUGUCUACCCACCAUCUUUGACGAUAGAAUCUGCAGCACAGCAACAUUUUGUGAACCAAACCAAACCUAGUCACAUGCCGUCGUAUUAUAAUUCAGAUUCAGAAUCAGAUUAUUCUGAUGCUGAUGAUCUUGCAGAGGAAUCACCAAGUUCUUCUGCUUUGUUGACAAAAUCCAGUGCCAAGGUACUCUGGGGUCAAGGUCAGAAUUCUCAUGUCAAAGGAGACACGUCAAAUGAAACUCAUUUCAAAAGCAGAGACGGGAUUUCCAUCGAGUGUCUAUGA